CUUUAUACCUGAUGUAUAUGGGUAGCGGUGCGAGCAGAACCGCGUCGGGGUGACUGUAUGGGAGCGAUGCAAACGUUACAUUGGUAUAUAUUCGGGAAAAUAUCAUUUGAUUUAUGAGGAUUGCUGGAUAUUCUGCUGAAAGUCACAAUAAAACGAGGACGAUUCGCCUGGUUUUAGGAGGAGGAUCUAUCGGGGGGGCUAGUUUUCCUGGAGCCGCCGUGUUAAUUAGUCAUUUAUUAAAUAUGGUAAUAUUAUCUAAGCAGCAGGCUGACUGGUUAUCUGGCCGGCCGCUUGUUGGCUGCCUUGUUUGAUCGGCGGUGUCUGGGAUAAACCUGCGGUAUACGUACAGGAGAUGUCUGUAAAACGGCAUUAGUACAUUAUAUAUGAAUAGGCUUUACCACGUAGUAAAAUUAACUUCUGUUUUGUUUGUGAUUUGCAAGAAUGUGCGUUUAUAUGUCCAUGUACAGGAAAAAUGGCAUCGUUUUUGUCAUUAGUAGGGCCGCCAACAUUAUUAUAGACGCUGAAAACCAAUACUUUACUGCGAAAACUAAUUGCGUUAAGGGAUGUAUUAUUUGUGGAUAGUUUUGCCACUGCCAGUAAUUAAUAAUAAUUCUGGGUUUGGUUAAGUCGUGGUUAAGAUGUCAGUGCAUCGAUUUGCUUGAGCAGACCUCCUGGCUGAUUCUCCGAGAAGAGGAUAGUACCGUGUUGCCCCCCGACGGGCCUGACCGCCUUUGUGUAGAUGCAGAUAUCAUGUGGACUCCAGAGAGGUGAUGGAGCCCCCCUGGGAAAGAAAAUUGCGUUAGAGGAAGAUCCCCCCCCCCAAAAAGAAAAAGUAAACAGGGAACCUGGAUGUCAGUGUAUCAACGUUCCUCCAGGACCUCAAUGCUGCAGACAGGCUGUACUGGAGAAUACUGUAAUAAGUUGUGUGAAUGCAAUAAAUACACACUGUAAAUAACUAAUUGGAUGCACAAAGUGGGCCAUUGUGCGUAGUGUAGUAUGUGCAGUUGCCACUUAUGAGACCUUCAUCGAUACUCGCAGUUCCUGCUUGAGGACAUGAGCUGUCUGUCUCCCGCUGUGUUGCUGCUCAUAAAACUCAGCAUCCCGACCCUGACUUGUAGCUGCCGGAGGGCGGUUAGCCUGCGGCUGCUUGUGAUGUCAUCAAGUCAAUCCAGUCAAUACCCUAGAUCCAAGCAAGAGGUACUUGGGUUAAUGUCUGCCUCUCUGGGAAAACACCCCAUGCGUUUGUCACCUAGAUGCUGUGUCAUUGAUAACGAGAACCGGUUGGUGCAUGUGGUAGCCCUGUCGUUGCUUGUUGGGGAGAUACUGGGGGGAUGUGGGCUGGAUCUCCAUCCACCGGAUCCAGUGGGGAAUGCUCUGUGAGGCAAAUGUCAGCCGUCUGCAUUGACUUCCUGAUCCUACAGGUCCUUGUGUUGACAUUGUUUAAUGGUUGCCCGUUGCAGUGCACAGGAAGAAGUGGGCUAGUCUUUUCUAACAGCACUAUAAUUAGGUGGAGGUGGAAGGGUGUUCCGUUGCCGUGUGGGAGCUAAGGGACUUGGGAAGGGGUACCGAGAGGAGCAUGGCGCUUCUACUGGUUUAUCUGAGCCCUGGAGUGGAAUGGGCUAUGUGCAGGAUAAUUCAGGGACAGCAAAUAAAAAUCCAGACCAAGAUUCUGUUUCAACCGACCAGUUGAAUAUAAAGAGUCACAGAUACUCAGCUGGUUGGCUGAAACAAAAUCUUGGUCUGGAUUUUUGCCUCCUGGACCGGAACUUAUGGCUACAUGUUGUAACUCUGAUUUGUUCUCUUCUGCCUCGUUUUCUGAUUUGUCAGGGCUGAGACCUGUGUCCUGGUGGACAAACUGUGACUGGAAACAUGUUUGCUUCACCUCUGGUGGACGAAACAUUUUGUCAGUGAGAUGGCUGUCUCUCUGUCUCUCACUCAUUUUUUGGUAUGUUCAUCUUCAGGAUCCCACACGGGCUCCCUGAGCGGUGCGUCAAUGAAAAUCAAUAUUCAAAUUCUGGAGUCUGUAGCUGGCGCCCAUGCGAUGAGAUCUCCUGACCCAGGGUCAGUUUGAUAACGUCAUUUAGAGAAACAGUAGGAUUCAGUGAGUGAGUAUGGUCGGGUCUGGAGCAAAAAAUGGAUUUUUGAGCAUGGAUGAGAUUGUUCAUAUGGGAAUAUGCUAGACACACAGCUAGAUCAAUAGCAUCCCAGCGCUGUGGGACUUGGUACCGAGAUACAAAUUUGAGGUUAAGGGCUCGUCAUGUGAUCACAAACACACCAGUUAUAGUCCACAAAUGUCUGAGCUGUACUGGUGUGCACGCUGGUUUGCUCUCAACUCUGCUAUGGUUCGCAUCCGUUUCCAGGAUGAUGUCAUACCUCAGGAGUGAGGAGGAAAGCGUGUCACUCGUUCCCUGGAGCCUGUGACUCGUGCUCUCUGGCUCUGCAAACCAGUCAGGCGUCUCUUUGCUAGAUCUCUUGUGCGUUUUGUUAAGGAUGAAGGCUGGACGUCUGGCUGGGGUGAGACCUGCACGUGUUAUUUCAUAUCUCUAGACGGCUGCUUUUUUUUUUUUUUAAUACAGUUUUUGUUUGAAUAUAACAGCAGGCAUCCCACAACUGUAGCACCACGAUGUUUCCUUGGUGAUGCAGCUCUGUUCUGUCAGGCAUGUUUACGAGCAGCGAUGGGAUGCCAGCAGACCUCUGAGUGUGGCCACCAAGAUGAGUGUGACUUCAUGGUUCCUGGUGAGCAGCUCCGGCACACGCCAUCGCCUGCCGAGGGAGAUGAUCUUUGUGGGACGAGAGGACUGCGAAUUGAUGCUGCAGUCCCGCAGCGUGGACAAGCAGCAUGCCGUCAUCAACUACGACCCCUCCACAGACGAGCACCUGGUGAAGGACCUGGGGAGCCUCAAUGGGACAUUCGUGAAUGAUGUCCGCAUCCCUGACCAGACCUACAUCACCCUGAAGCUGUCGGAUGUCGUCCGCUUCGGAUAUGAUUCUCACAUCUACGUUUUGGAACGGAGUCAGCACAAAGUUCCAGAGGAAGCCCUCAAGCAUGAGAAGUACACCAGCCAGCUGCAGAUGAGUCUGAAGGUACAGGAAGGGAGGAGGCGGGAAAAAACCCAUGAGAAGGGGGGCCUGGCCGACCCGACGCGCUCCAAGACAGAGAAGGUGGAGCGCAAGGCCGUGUCGGAGGCUCCAGAUCCACGCCCCACCCCUCUCUACGGUCAGCCCUCUUGGUGGGGUGACAAUGAUGUCGGCCAGAAGAGGGAGAGUUGCCGGCCGAACGGGAGCCACGCAGACCAUUCCAAGGUCAGCUCUAGACCUGAACUCGAGGUCAACGGCUCGAACCUGGACUACAGGGACCCGCUCACCAAGCCUGUCUACCCGUACCGGAGGGAGCCCAGCUACUUCGAGAUCCCCACCAAAGAGUUCCUUCACUCCAAGCCCUCCGAGGGUGAGGUCCAGGAGAUCCCCACCAAGGAUACGGACAGCCCAGCGAAGCCGGCCCCCACUUCCCCUGUUGUGCAGAGCCACGCCUCUUUCACCAUCGAGUUUGACGACUGCAAGAUGAAGAUCAAGGAUCACAUCACCAAGUUCUCCUUCCGCCAGCGCAAGCCGCCGUUCCGGGAGUUGGCCACACCCACUGAGGUGAUGUCCGCCGAGAGCAAGGUGGCUGACUGGCUGGUGACUAGCGACGUUAGCAUGAUGAGGUCGAAGGUGCCCUGCGAGGACGUCUACAGCACCAAAAGUGACCUCCCCAUGCAGGUCAAGACCCUCAAAGGGCACCACCACGAGGAUGGCACCCAGAGCGACUCCGAGGGCCCUGUCUUGAAAGACAAGCGGGCCGAACUGCAGCAGUCACUCCCGUCUCGCCCGCUGUCCCUCCGCCAGCAUGUCCCGCCGCCAGUUCAGAAGCCCCCCAGUCCUCCACCCAUUGACAGCUUACCGGCUGUCUCGUCUCCGGAGCCCCGGUCCCCCCCAUCCCCACAGGGACAGGGCAGGCCUGAUCCCCAGCAGGCCUUCAUCAUAGAGUUCUUCGACGAUAUCCCCCGAAAGAAGCGCUCGCAGUCAUUCACCCAGAACUCCGCCCAGCCUGACAUGUACUCUGCCAUCAAAGCUAAGUUGGAGAAGCGCAAGGCUGGGGUCCAGACUGGGGAAAGGCCUGCCCCAUCGCAGGGGCAUGCCCCUCCUACCCAGCAGAUCACCGUGCCACUGAAAGUGUCAGGUGCGGGGGCCCUGCCCCGGUCUGCCUCUCUCAAGCGGGAGAAGAUGGACGAAAGGACCAGCAGCCCCCCGUCUGGCUCGAGUUUCACUAUCAGGCCUUUUGGCAGCGUAGGGAGGAGGUCCAAGCUGGCCCAAGACUUUGCGGCCGAGUUUCUGCGGGAGUCGAGCCAGAUGGUCGCUCCUGCCCAGGAGAAGACGUCCCCACCCCCCAUACUGAGCCCCCGCCGGCAGGCCGCCUACUGCUCCCCGGCCACCAACCCCAUCCAUAGCCCCAGGUCCCGCGCAGCCCAGCUGGGUGUCUGUCCUGAUAUCGCGAGGACCACCCAGGCCAUUAGGAACGAGGAGGAGGACAGCCUGAGUGACGCCGGUACCUACACCAUUGAGACGGACGCCCAGGACAAGGAGGUGGAGGAAGCACGCAACAUGAUCGACCAGGUGUUUGGUGUUCUUGACUCCCCCGAGUACACCGGCGUGACCAUGCCAGCCUAUAGGCCGGUAAUUAACCAGGACAGGGAGCAGCAGGCUAGCAAGUGUAGCUCUGGGGAUCUAAAAGCAGCCCCAGAGCAGACCUGUAGUCCAGAGGCCUUUAGUGGCAGCCCCAGCAGCCCUGCACAGCUGCAGGCACAGCCCACUGACUCCGUAUCUCUGGGUGGCCCCAAGUGGGUCUCUCGGUGGGCCAGCCUGGCUGACAGCUACACUGAAUCGGGGCCUGCUGGGGGGCUCCUGGAGACCCCACCGCAGGGAAACUUCACAGAUGGAGAUGGUACAGUUACCCAUCAUGCACUGCCAAACCACAGAUUGGACAGUACUGAGCCAGAAGCUAGCCACGGCUCCAGAACACGACGGCUCCUUCCCCAAGUUCCUCCAUCUGAAAAAGCUGAGAGCUCGGCCCCCAGCACGUCAAUGCGACGGGAAAGCUCCACGAACCGCGAGGCCCCCGAGCAGGGCGUCGCCACAGGCCGCCAAGGGGACGCUGUCCAGAGGCUGACGGUGCAGGAUGAGCUGGAGCCCGAUAGCCUGAGUGAUGCCAGCAAGUCUGAUGAUGGCUCCGCCGCGGCGGAUCGGAGCAGGAACUCCCUCUCUGGGGGAACGGAAAGGCCCACAAAAGAGAAAACGAGGCCCCAACCAAAGUCCACUUUCUUCUACAUCGGCUCGGAGGACGUAGAAGGUGCCCCAUCUUUGGCAGGAAAGGAUCGGAAUCCACCCCAGAAAGCCUCCUCUGCGACAACCCUGACCCAGCAUAAGGCCAGCCUAGAGCCCAAGAGGGCGGUCAAGCCCACUGCCUCAGCCUUGGCCUCUAAUUUCUUCAUGGAGGACACGGGGGACACGACUGCUAAAGAGAACGGCUCCUCGUUAUUGCGGCAGGAGAGCUUCACCAGGGACAAGCCGAGUGAUGCCGUCCAUGUCCACCAGCUACCACACAUCCACAGUGAUUCACCCCCGAGGGAUACAGACCGUGCCGACACGCACCAGGGCCAGUGUGGGCAGGACACACAGUCCUUCCUCAGGGACACUGAGAACGCGCUGGCAGCCCUGGAGGCAAAGCUGCAGGCCCAGACUCAGGGUUGCAGCCAGAGAGCGGAGGACUCUCUAUCGGGAGAGUCGGACAUAGAUACAUCUAGCACAGUCAGUCUGGUCAGUAACCAGAAUGCUUCCAUCGACGUGUCCAAGAAGAAGGCUGCUGUCAGCAGCACCCAGAAGGGCAAGUCGUCAUCCUUGUCCGUCCAGGACCAGGGUCAGACGGCCACGGCCCUCGAGCGCCUGUCCGAGAAGCGGCGCUCUCAGACCACCAAUGGUACUGGCAAGGCUGACGCCGACAAGCAGUUUCACCGCCGUCGCAGCUCUGGGACCCGCGGUUCCUUGGAGCUGAGCGACGAGACCCAGAACUCUAGCCAGCCUCCGGGCUACUGGCAUGACAACUUCUCAUCGGAUCAGGAGACCGGCUCUCGUACUUCUGUCGGCAAAAAGCCUUCCAUUCGGCCCCAGAGGGAGGACCUUAGCAAGGCGUCCAAGGGUCACCAGGGCCUGACGCGCUCCAACAGCCUCUCUGCCCCCCGGGCCACGCGAGCCUCCAUGCUGCGCCGUGCCCGUCUGGGCGAUGCCUCGGACAACGAGGGCACGGAGACGGACCGCACGUCCCAGAACUCGGACCCAGCUAAGCCAGCAGCCGAUGCCAAGAAGCUGUCCCGCCUGGACAUCCUGGCGCUGCCCCGCAAGCGGACCGGCUCCUUCACCACACCUAGCGACACAGAAUCUUCUGCCGGACGGACGGGCUUCUCCACCCGCAGCUCCGAGCCUGGAAGCUCUGUGCGCAAGGCGUCCACUGCUGAACCCAGGUCCCGGCAUAGUUUGGCAUCCACGGGGAAGCAGCCCGUCAGCCGGACUCGCUCCAGCAGUGCCAAGCACUCUGCCACAGCUGGUCCCCGGCGGCGGCAGAAAGGCUCCGACUACACGUCCACGUCGGACGAAGAGUACGACGGCACCCACGGCACCCCCAAGCACAAGCGCUCACAGUCGUCGGCUGCCUCCCAGACACCCCAGGGCCAGGCGCCCAAUGUGCCCCGCCUCCGCUCUCAGUCUCGCCAGUCUGAGGAUGAGGAGAACGAGGGUGACCCCUUCCAGAACUGGUCGGCGCACAGUGCGGAGAUCGCCAGGCUGAGUCAGGACCUGGCCAAGGACUUGGCAAUCCUGGCCCGGGAGAUCCACGACGUAGCCGGGGAUGGUGACUCCCAGGCUCCCAGUCCUGUCCCCAGCACCCCCGCUUCUACAAUCUCUGCCCGUGAGGAGAAAACAAAUCCAUCUCUGCAAGCCGCCCACACAUCUCAGUUGGUUCAGCGCAUUCCGGAAGCUAGUCUAAAUUACCAGAAGGUUCCGCCUGGUUCUGCCAGGCUCAAUGAACCGGACCAGAACACAAACGACCAAGACCCGAACUCCAAGCGCCGUGUGUGGAACCGUGAGGAGGUCAUGUUCGAUCACCUGAUGCUGAAUCCCGUCUCUCAGCUAUCGCAGGCUAUUCGCGAAAACACGGAACAGCUGGCGGAGAAAAUGAAGACCAUGUUCCACGAUAGGCUGGACGCCUGGGAGGAGCUGGAAGCCAGGAUUAACGCGGACAACGAAGUCCCCAUCCUCAAAACAUCCAACAAGGAAAUCACGUCCAUAUUGAAGGAGCUGAGAAGGGUCCAGAAGCAGCUGGAAGUCAUCAACACUAUUAUAGGUCCUUGUCCAAUCCCGGGGCACGGCACUCCCAAGUCCCGCCUUCCCUCCAAGGAAUCUAGGCCAGCGUCACAGACUGACAGCACCCGAGAGCGUAUCAGGAGGGCCAUGGCAGACCCCGAAGUUGAGAGCAUCAUGCUUUAAGCUACGGGGAGCCCCCUGGUGGCAGUUUCUCCUCAAACUCUUGUAUCGGGUUUUAUGUGCUUACUGUGUGUGUUUAUAUGGAUGGGGGAUGACAGUAUGGUACAAAAAAAACCUAGACUAAACAAAACAAGUCUUGGGAAAACGCCUUGUUUGCCAUAACAAGCGGUUUGUGUGGAAAUGCAGCCUGCAUGCCUUCAUCACUUUAGAGCAGUAUUCGGGUCUAUAGCAAAACGGGUCUGGGCUGGGACAGAGUAGUGGGGGGUAUCUCACCGCACGGCGGGAGCUCCGCCCCUCAUGCUUUCACACUGACGUUCCACAAUUGCACUUGUUCCCUGUGUCCACGUCGUUAGCCUGAAAGUCGAACAACCCAUGUGAUCGAGCUUUAGCUCCAGGCUGUGAUUUUUGAACCUGGUGUCAUGGAGGACUUUUCUAACGUACAAGCCGUGGAAGAAAAGGAUCCAAGAAUGUUUGUUUUUCCUGGAGGGUGAAUCGUGCUCACACAUGAUGGUGCGCGCUUACAGGCGGGGGGUGUGCACCAUGUCCUGCUUGAACUGGUGAUGUUGUCUGGAAGCCCGCCUGAUGCUGUCAGGUGGAGUAAAUGUAUUAAAUUCUCGUGAAAUAUCGUACUAAACGAGUGAUUGCAGACCGAUCUUCUGCUUCUUUUUAUUUUUUUUUCCCUUAGUUUCUGAACUGGGACGGUGUUUUUCAUGUCACGCUGUAUUUAACGUGGCGCUUUCCAGAUUAUCCCCAGGAAGCACAAUGGGAGUGUCGCCGUACGCGGAACUAUUUAUAAUCGUAUUUCUUUAAGUACGUCCCUGUCUGCAGUCAUCUCCUGCCUCCUCCAUACUCGUAUCUCAAGCCCGGACCCGUGUGGAAUUCCACGGGCUGUCCGGCUGGCUCACUCUCACGGUCAGAUGGCACAAAGUCAGAUUUUUUUUUUUUGGUUGUUUUUUGUGAGGAGGAUGUAAUUAGAGGUACUAUGAUUCGUCCAUGAAGAUCACCCUCUUGCUCGGGAGCCACCCUGAAGUCGGCCACCCCUGUGUUUUACGUUACUGCAGUCCAGUCGGAAGAGCGGCAAGGCGUUGGCACUUUCAGAGCCACUGUAGUACAAGGCCAAAGAUGACCGCUCUGUCGCCCCUGUGCUGGUAUUAAACACCGUCCCGGAAGUGGUGUCCUCUUCAGAAUCAUCCCAGUAACUGUCCAAAAUACCCUGUGCCUGAUGCUUGUCAUUCCCCAUAGAUGCUGCUGAGGCUGUAGGUUUUUUCCCUCCCCCCUUCCAGCGAGGACCUGUAUUGGGUCAGCUUCCUCUUCUUGGUUGCACUAUGGUAGAAAAACACUGUGUUCCCCAGGGUACCAUGGUAACCUGGGCCCUCUGCACUUAGCUUCACUUGAAGGCGGGUGAGCGAGGCCUUACGGUGGCUUAGCAAAAAAUGCACGUCACUUGAUUUUUUUGGGGGGGGGGGGGGGGGAGAGGUGGAGUAUAAAGGACACCUAGCUGUCAGGCUGGUUCGCGGUGGGGAAACGAACCAACUGAACAGGGGGAUUUGGAUGAGAUUAAAAAAAACACCCCCACCUUGUCUAGCUUGGGGAAAAAAACACUGUAUUUUUCAAUCUGUUGUUCAUAAAGUAAUUUAGCCAUCGUGAUGUGCUUUAGUACGCUCUUGUUUUUUGUUGGUUAUGGACCUCUCCCCGGCUCACCGAGGCUGUCGCAUUACUGCACCUAAUAAAGGUACUGACUUACCAUCGCGAAAUGCUGACCCGUGCGAAACGCGUUUUACCGCAGCUGUAAUGCUUGUGAUGGUAGCCACUGCUGCUGAUGUUCAGUGUCCUAUGUAAACUCCUCUUGGUCAUUUCCUUUGUAUUUCCUUUGGUCAGCCCCUGCAUGCAUGAAAGGAUUUUCCAGGAACAUCGCGCCAAUAUUCUGGACUAGAUCUGCAUCUUUCAGUUUCAAACUCUCCUACUUCCCCUUUUCUAACAUUUCAAUUGUUUUGUUCAUUUCACGAACAUAGGGUAUAAUUUAAGGAUGAGUUCCAGUUUUUUGGGUUAUUUACAUUGUUUUGAGAAUUUCUUUAGGGGGGAAAUUAUGUACAUCUUUUUGCAUUAUUUUGAAAAGUUUGAUUUUAUCUUUUGUAAUAAAUUGACGUCAAUAUUUA